GACACCGACAUCGCCAGGUCCACGAAAGAGUCUGAAGCUGCGAUCCUUGAGGGGCUGAAAUGGUGUGGGAUCACCUGGGACGAGGGUCCCGAUGUGGGGGGCGAACAUGGGCCAUAUCGCCAGUCCGAGCGCAUCCAGGCUGGUAUCUACGAGAAGCAGCUUGAGAAGCUGAUGGCAGAAGGCCAUGCUUACAGAUGUUUCCUCAGCCCGGAGGAGCUGGAUGAGAUGCGCGCAGAAGCGGAAAGGAACGAGCAGGCUUUCGUUGUGCAGAGCCCCUGGGCAAAUGCAUCCGAAGAGGAGGUACAGGCCAUGAUCGACAAGGGCAAGCCGUACGUGUACAGAUUCAGAGUCCCUUUCGACAGGGAAAUCGUGGUGGAUGAUCUGGUGCUGGGAGAGGUGAUUUGGAACUCUGACGAUCUCGGCGGCGAUUUCGUCAUAGUUCGUCAGAAUGGCAUGCCCAUGUACAAUUUUGGCGUCGUCGUUGAUGACGCUUCCAUGGGCAUUACUCAUGUGCUCAGAGCCCAGGAGCACCUGAUGAACACGCCCCGCCAGAUUCUGAUGUACGAAGCCUUGGGCCUAAAGGUGCCUACGUUCGGACACAUGCCCCUGAUCCUCGCCCCGGACCGCACCAAGCUGUCCAAGCGACAUGGGGCUGUUUCUGUUGGGGAGUAUCAGAAGCGUGGCUACUUGCCAUCAGGCAUGGUCAACUACCUGUCCCAGCUGGGUUGGAAUGACGGGACAAAGCAGGAGAUUUAUACCAUCGAUGAGCUGCUUGAGGCGUUCAAGAUGGAGCGCAUGAGCAAGGUGGCCGCCAUCUUCGACACCGACAAGUUUAAGUGGGUGAACGGGCAUCAUGUACGGAGGCUAAGCGAUGACGAGGCCUUGGAGCUCAUCGGAGCCCGUUUGCAGGAGCAGGGUCUGGUGAAGGAGGUGUCCGGUGAGUUCGUCAAGAAGGCUUCCCAGCUGCUCAGGGAGCGAAUUAGCACCCUCGAAGAAGCCGUCGAGGAACUGGUCUCCAUGCUUGAGUUCGACCUGGAGGGCAUGAUGGCCAAGGAUGUGGCCAAGCCUUACAUGGAGGCUGCGCACUCGAAGCCCUAG